AUGGCGGCAACUGAUGCGAAGAGUCAUGAAAACAAGGACAUUCAAGGCCACUCAAAGUCCGAAAAUUUCAAGAAGAAAAUUGUUUUGACUGAGGACGAUGUCCCAGGAGCAUCGUUCAAAAAUAAGGAUCCUCAAAUCUUUCAUAAUGAACAACUUAAACGUUGGUUAAAGUGUCGAGGUGCUAGUGUGGGUGGGAGUCGAAGAGAAUUACUUACAAGGUUUGUAGUUCUGUCAGUAUUUUUCUGUCAGGAUUUUAAAAAUUAAAGCGAUUUUCUAAGCGCCCAGCUGUGUCUUUGACUUUAAUAGAAUAAAGGAUUAUCAAAUAUCUGGUCAGGACAAGAAAAUCGUCGAUCCAGAUGGAGGGAUACAUCUUCGUCGACUUCGACUUGAGCGCGAGCUGCGAUCACAACAAACCAGCGAUAAUCUUCCCAAGAGAGUUACAUGGCCCAGGGAUGGUUGGACAUUAUCCUUGGAACAAAUGCCUCCAUUUCAGCAUUGUUAUUUGUUUGCUCAUUUAGCCGGAGAAAUGGAAAGUAACUCGAAGAAAGUUCGCCGAGGUGCUUUCAAAAGCAAGCGUGAAGGUUACGCUCUAUAUAAAGCAGGACAUGUGCAAAAGGUAAAGUUCAACCACACGACGGAUGAACAUUUCUGUUUUUUUGAAAGCCGCGUAAAGGCCUCCAUGACUAGAAACAAACUGUACAGGACAAGAGUAUCACUAAGUAAGCAAACGGCUCAGGUGAAGUCUGGUGCAUGUAACUGUAAAGCAGGAGCUAAUGGUCGAUGUAAGCAUAUUGGCGCAUUGCUGUACAAAAUACUCGAUUUUACUGAAAGCGAAGUGGAUGAAAUACCACCAGACCUUACGUGCACUGAAAGACCACAACAGUGGCACAUACCCCGCUCUAAUUCUUCAAAGGACGAACUAGUUCUAUUGGAUGAGUUAUUAGUGAUUAAGCAUAAUUAUGAGGCCGAUAAAAAGAGGAAGAAAAACGAGGUAAGGACUCAGAGAAAAGUGGAAAAGCAAAUGUACGACGCUGCACCCUCUUUUGCCAGAAAAAUCAAUGAACAUCAAAUAAAACAGUUUUCUGAGGACUUGAAAGCAGCAAAAACAAAGAACCGACCAAUGAUUAUUGAUUUGUCAGAAGGGAAUGAAUGCAAGCCCAUUGUCACUCAAGACAUAACACUAAGGGAAAAUCGAGACAACAUACUGAAGGAUCAUGAUUAUUGUUGUCAUUCAAACAGAAAACGUCAAAAUGAAAUUGGGGAUGCAGAUAGUGGCAUUGCUCUUCCUUGCAAAAUCAUUAAAAUUGAAAGCGUUAUUGAGCCACUCGAUACAAAUUUUGACAAUCGAUUUUGCUUGUCUCAUUGUGAAGCUGUCCAAGUUGAUGCUCCUGACAGUGAGCUAUCUGUUACUGAAGAUGACAACCAGGAAUGUGUACAAUCCCUUCCGCCCGAGAACCCGUGUAUAAACACCAGUUUCUCUUACAUUGAAAAACAUAUCAUUUCUGACUGGAAUUUCCCGAAUCUUAUUCUGAUGAUUAUGAUUUGA